AUUUAAAUCCCCACGAGGCCACCAUAGAAAGCCCAGUAAUUCAAGAAUUUCUCUCUCUAUCUCUAGAAAUUGGGCGCCAUGAACCAAGCAAUUCCUUACAGAUCAAUUGGCACAAAACAGAGCCGAGUGAGCGUGGCAUUUCGGGGCAGUGGAUCAUGGCGCGAUGUGAGCGCGUCCGUGUCGGAAAGUGCGGCGAUAGUGUUUGCUAGAAGAGGGUGUUGUAUGAGCCAUGUGGUGAAGCGGCUGCUUCUUGGACUUGGAGCGAAUCCGGCGGUGUAUGAGGUGGAGGAAGACGAAGAAUCCGGCGUGGUGGAGGAAUUGGAGGCAAUCGCGCAACUGGGGAACGGGAAGGUAGAGUUGCCGGCGGUGUUUAUUGGGGGGGCCCUGUUUGGAGGGCUGGAAAGAGUGAUGGCUACGCAUAUUUCUGGGGAUUUGGUUCCUAUUUUGAAACAAGCCGGCGCUUUGUGGCUUUGAAUUAUUCCCUUCCCUUCCCUUCCCUUCCCUUCCCUUCCCUUAUUCUCUAUCAAUCUUUCACCAUUUUCUUGCUCAA